AUGUCGGAUCCUUCCAAGCCAGGCUCCUCAAUGGAGUCCUCCAACGACAUCGACAUGACCUCGCAUACGAGCGGCAUCAAUAUGGCCUCAGAUACGAGUGACAUCAACAUGGUUUGGGAUACGGGCGACAACGAGACGUCUCUCAUUGAGAAAAUUCCUCCCGAAGUUCUCUCCUACGCCCUGUCCUUUAUCCCCGACAGAGCCUCCAUCCGUUCUGCCAUGCUCUCCGGCCCGAAGCUUUACAACGCUUUCAAGCUACGUCCAGCCUACAUCGCAUCAUGCGUCCUCUUCAACUCCAUGGAGGAACCCGUUUACCGGGAAGCCGUCGUGACUUUCAACAUGAAAAUGGCAGAAUGGAGGGGCCUCAAAGCUGGCAUCAAGGCUAUCAAUCGCGUCUAUUCGAGCGAACAGCAGCGUAUCUACAGCCAGUUCCUCAAGUUCGAUCGAGUCGAAGAGAUGUGGCGUCUUCAUAAAGCUGUCGAAUACUUCGCACAGCGCCUUCCUUCGUCUCUCAUUGAAAAGCAUCCAGUCGUCAAGUACAAAAAUGCAUUUUCUAUCAACACUAAUGUUCGUGUUCGCUUUCAGCGUACGCUGUAUCGUUUGGACGCGUGUUUGAAGAUCACGAAGCUCAUGAUUGCAUCGCACCUACAUGAUAAUCAUGGGAGGAACAGACCCCCAACCGAGGAGGAGCAUAAAGAGGCUCACUGGGUUCAUUGUUUGAAGGACCUGGAAGAACAUCGCAUUCUCAAAGCUUUUCACAACCAGUAUUCUGCUGUGGAGAUUGAACAGCUGACGAGCAUCUGCGGCAUCUUGGUUACCGAAAUCGCACCUUCUUUCAAUACUUUUCUCGAACGAGAUAUCGAAUUGGGUACCCAGCUGCCAUACUACAUCAGCCAUGCCCUUUGCCCUGGCUCAAUGAGUCUCAUUGCUCAAGGCCUUCCUUUUCUGAAAGACUUUCUCACUGCCGGGUCGCGAAUCGAGAGAGCAAGAAUCAUGCGAAGUAUCAAUCCACCCAUUGACUGGAACCCCCAUCUCCCAACUAGACCCCCCUUCCCCGGUAACGACGAGCAGCUCACCUGUGUUGUGCAUGACUACGAGGGGGCCCCGGGAAAGUGGGCUCGGAUGGACACUCCAGACUUCAUGAUGCGUACUCCUUUCAUCAAAGAUCCCGACCCCGGACCAGAGAACGCGUGGCAUAUUCUAAGCCGCUUUGCAAUUUUCAUGAACGAAUUCGAUGGAGAUGUUACCCCUUACCAGCCACUUCCCUGGGGGUACGUCUUCUGGGACAUUGACAUGUUCGACAAGGCUGAAUUCACCAACAUCAGAAUUGAGCACCACAAUGAAUCCGGCUUCACCCUCGACGCAAGCCACCCAAUUCACGCCACCUGGCAGCCCCUGGCUAAAUGGGAUUCACGUACGGCUACUGACCUAUUGCUCAUGUCCUGCCAGCAGAAGGUCUACCUCAAGAACCGUGGUGAAACGGGAUACUUCAACUUUGACUCUUGGUCUAUGUCCGCUGAAGUGAAUACGUUUCAGCAGUUGGACGACAUGUCCGGGGAAGAAGUGCGGGAUCUGCUUCGCAACAUCUCAACGCCUGAACUAUUGCAGCAGUUUCUCACAGAGAUGGAGGCUUCGCACCCGGAUAUUGUUCAAAUGGCCAUUGAUUUGGCGGCAGCUGGAGCCGUGACUGCUUUGUUCGCAGGCACUUCGGCUGGAUCUCCAGUUCCUGCAGGUGAUGACGAUGACGAUGACAGUGAUGACGAUGAGAGUGAGGGUGAUGCGAACUGA